AUGGAAAUACGAGAGAUUGAUGUAAAUAUUACGUUUCAGAAUUCCUCUUUUGAUAUCGAUGACGGCAAGAAUGGAAAUUCACCGAUGACUGAACAGAAGGAACGGAUAAAAAAGUAUGAGAAGGACUUGAAAAAGAGAAAAGAAUUGGAUGAGCAACGUGCUCGGGAACAAGCAUUUCUAAGGUCAGAGGCUUUUGGCUUUAAGUCACUAAUCUUUAGAGCCUCUCUUCGUGGGUCGAAAAAACUGCAGUCAUUGGAAAACAAUACCAGAAGGAAAUUAGAACUAGCGAAUGGAGGUUGUCAGAAUGAUAACUCAGAUUUAGCGGGGUACUCAAACAAAUGUUAUGUUACUAGCGAUAUAUCAUAUCAGGAAAAUCUUGGGAAUUUACCAAGUGAAGCGAUACAGCUUGAACAAGUGAUACAGUCAGCAAACAGAGUUGCGAAUCAUCUUGAAAACAACGAAAAACGUGACGAAGAAUCUAAAUUUAUUCGAGAUUACUUUGCUCAACCUGAUGUACAGAAAGCGAUUGAAGCUACUGCUCUUCAACAGAAUGCUUAUGCUUUGAAUCAAAAAGCAUCGUCAUCGUCGUCAUUGACUGAUUUUGGAAAAGCUGAAAUUCAAGGAAACUUGAAGAUUGUUAAGUUCCAUAAAUGUGAUGACGCAUAUCUGGGGGCGACGGUAAGAAAUGAAGGUGAGAAAGUUGUGAUAGGAAGGAUUAUCAAAGGUGGUAUAGCCGAUAAGUCUCAUCUGUUACGAGAAGGUGAUGAGCUGAUUGAGGCAAACGGUCAUGAUCUUCGAGGGAGAAGUGUAGCUGAAGUCUGUGACAUUUUGAGAUCAAUUUCUGGUGAACUGUCACUAAUAGUUGUACCUAGUGAACAAAGUCCUACAGAUGAUGCCAAAGAAACUCCGGUGGUUUAUCAACACAUGCGAGCCUUAUUCGACUAUGAUCCUGAGGAUGAUUAUUACGUACCGUGUAAAGAAUUGGCACUGAAAUUUCAACGUGGUGAUAUCUUACAUGUUAUUAAUAUGUCGGAUGAAAAUUGGUGGCAGGCGUAUCGAGAUGGUGAUGAUCCAUCGUCAUCACUGGCUGGUCUAAUACCGUCUACAGCGUUUCAACGACAAGUUAUCUUAUACAAUCGUGAACUGGAAAGAGAAAGUGGAUUAAGUGCAAAGCGUAAAGAUUUAUUCGGAUGUGCAAAGAAAAAAUCAUCCAAAUCUAGAGCAACUGCCAGUAACACAUUUUUCAAUUCUGCAGACGAAGUUGUUGAAGACGGUUCGGAACUCUUGACUUACGAAAGCGUUUCACUGUACCUCUCAAAAACUGGCCGAAAACGGCCAAUUGUUCUUUGUGGUCCAGAAGGUGUUGGAUGUCUUGAACUUCGCCAAAGACUUGUUGAAAGCGAUAAAGACAAAUAUGCCAGCGCUGUUCCGUGUACAACAAGACCAAAAAUGCCCGGAGAAGUUGAUGGAAUUCAUUUUCACUUUGUAACAAAGUUGAAAUUUCAAGAAGAUGCAAAAGCUGGGAAAUUUAUUGAAUAUGGAGAAUUUCAAAAACAUUUGUACGGCACAUCGAUUGCAGCAAUUCAGGCGGUUGUGGAUAGAGCUAAAAUUUGUCUACUUACUUUAAAAGCUGAGAACCUCAGAGCGUUGAGAAAAACUUCACUAAUGCCAUUUGUGAUAUUCAUAGCACCUCCAUCGCUCCAGCAGCUACGGCGUCAGAAAGAACUGCUGGGGCAUCAUGGUAUUCGUGACGACCAGCUGAAACAAAUACUUCAUGAAGGCAAAUUAAUGGAGCAGACAUACGGUCAUUUGUUUGACCGGAUAAUGGUUAACAUCGAUCUUGACCGGUCGCUAGCUGAAUUAAAGGAGACGGUCCAUCGACUGGAGACUGAACCGCAGUGGGUACCUUCAUUUUGGGUUUCUGGAAACAAUAGUAUCGCUGUCCGUACAUAA